AGUUCUAUGCACCACGAUCAGAAUAAAGAUGGUUUUUCGAAAGACAUUCAGUCUAAGUCUUUAAAAGAAACCCAAAGUGCAUGUGAGUUGCAACUUGAGCACGAGAGCAUAAUAGACUUAAAUCAUAUAGAAAAUGAAAAUAUCUUGGUUCCAGAUCAGUCUUCUGAGGUCCAUACAUCCGAAAAAGGCUCGAAGAAGAGGAAAGCUAAACCACCAGUUCGGUCACCAUUCAAUUUCAGGCAUCGUUCCAAAACUGAUGCUGUUCAAAACAAACCUUCAAAAUUUUUUCAACCGGUUGCAAAGGAUGUACUGUUUGAGAUUUUGAAAAAAUCUUCUAUGUUUCAAAGUGAAAUUGAGAAGAAUAUGGAUGAUCACUUGCCUUCAGAGAAAACAUUAAGUGCAAGUAGUGCUGAUGAACCACCUAAUAUUUUAGACAUAGAUAAUGUUAAUGUUAUCAAUGAAUCUCUUGAUUGUGAGGAAGUAAUGAUAGAUUAUGCACAGCCUACAAAGAUGGAAAUAAAUAAUGAUGAGUUGACAAAUCUACAUACACGCUUAAAUGCUAACACUGCUCCCCAUACAAGGAGGAGUCAAAUAAUAGCUGCUUCACAUAUGGUCUCCAAUUCUGUUGGAAAGCAAAUUCCGAAACCAGUUGAAGAAAAUGGUAUAAAAUUACCAACAUCAAGUAUUCUAAAAAAGGAGAAUUCUGUCUCUUCCAGGCUAUCUUCUAAGAACCGGGUGACAUUUGCUGAUCCACUAGUACAUGAAAAAUUAAUUGAAGAAGGAUCAGAUUGGAAUGCUAUCGAAAUAACUGUAGUUAGUGAUAAACCUCUAUGUGAUAGUAAGAAACGAAAGAGGAUUAUAAGUGGACGAAAGAACAAGGCAGUUGAAACUAAAGAAAUUCUUGCUUCUGCUAUUGAAAGUGAUGAGAUCCCAUCUUCCUCUGAACAUCAAGAUUCUGAUACUUUGACCAAUUACAGUGAUAUUCCAGUGUCUCCAUCUCUUAUUAAUUGUCAAGAUAGUAUUAGCUGCAUUCUACAGGACUUAACAUCUCCUACAUGGAUUCGUGGAUUAGAAAGUUUAUUAAUCUCAAAAAAUAUGAAGACAGUUGGUGAUAUUUGCAGAUUAAAUAUCCAUGAGCUAAAAGCGCUUCCUUUUAAGUCUCCAAAAGUUCAGACUUUGCAUAAAGCACUGCUAUCUCAUCUAGAUAAUAUUCAAAAGGCAACUUUGGAGAAACUGAAUAAUAUUGAUGAUGGCUGCUCUAUAAUAAAAGAUAAUAAUUCUGCUCCAUCUGAAGUAGAUGAGAUAUUAACUGAUCAAGCUGAAAAAAUGGAAGAAUCUGUUGAAGAUUUACAGCUACAAUCUCAAGAAAAAAUCCUAGAAGAGUUUUUGAAUCAGAACAACUUUAGUAAUAUUCCAAAUAUUUUAUUGACUCGCACAAUUGAAAAAUGCGCAAAUGUAUUAAGUCAAAGAUUAGGAUCUUGCUGAGCAAUUUAUUAUGUUAAAUGGUGUUUUCAAAAGAAUUUAUAUUAUCUUGUAGUUCUUAUACAUUAUGUUUCCAACUGUUCUAAAAGUACAGUACGACCUUAUUUAUCCAGACUAACUAGGACCAAAGGUAAUCCGGAUAAUCCAGGUAAUAUGGAUUUUGGAUGCUAAAAAAAUCCUUAAAUAAACAGACUUAUUCAUUAUGAUUACAAGAUAAGCUUCAAAACAAAUAUAUGUAGAAUUUUUUACAAGACUUUAAAAAAUAUCAAAGUAACUUUCAAUUCUCAACAGUGAAUUGGUCCAGUUUUCUGGUGCAAAAACAUGAUUGGCUUUCCAAUGAACACAAACGCUUUACAAUAAUAGAUCAAAAUAAAACAUAAAUGUUUUGCUUGCUUACAGUUUCAUUUUUGCUGUUAUAAUUUAAAUUAUCUAUGUGAACAUAAAAUAUUUUAAAAGGCUAUCAACAAGUUGAUCUAGAUAAAUGAGGUUCUACUGUAUUUUCUAAAUUAUAAUCAAGUAUUAUAGUUAUUUUAUUAAAUCUUAGUUUUUACUACAUUUGUUUUUUGUUCAAACACUUUUUAGCUAUUAUGGUUUUUAUAACAAUGUUUUUAUUGAC